AUGCUCAACAUUGACAAAGACUACAGAGAUCAAGAAGGAUGGGGAGUGGGAAAAGGCCAUUUGGAUUUAGCAAUUAAGAAACCAUCAGUAAAUGGAGAGGAGUGUCUCACUUUAGUUUUUUAUGGCACAGCCAUAGACACGGGGGGCCACUCUGGACGGUACUGGGCUGAGAUCUCAGACACGAUCAUCUCUGGAACCUUCCGCCAAUGGAGGGAAGGGACAACCAAGAGUGAAGUUUACUACCCAGAAGACACCAUUGUUCACGGUCCUGGGGAGGCCACGGCAGUGUAGUGGGGGGCUGGCACGUGGAUGGUGGAGUACGGCCGGGGCUUCAAGCCUUCCACCUUGGGCUUUGCACUGGCUGACACAUUCUUCAGCACCCAGGACUUCCUCACACUGUUCUACACUCUCCGGGUCUAUGCCCGGGCACUGUGUCUGGAGCUUACCACCUACCUCUCCAGCCAGGAACAUUGACCUCCUCCACCCAUUGACAUCCCUUUCCCAGCCCAGAACUGAUGAGAGUAGCCUGAGUCUGUGUGAGAUUGAGAUGGUCAGAUUCUCACGAACACAGACAGGCCACACCCUCAGCGGGUUUGUACUUGGGCACACACUUAAACACAGGGAUAUAGACACAGUAUAGGGGGUUUGGGUCUGCAAUGACCCUAAAUCUACUCCCUGGGCAGCAGUUUGGGGGAGUAGUGGAGGUGUCGUUCCUGAGUGUGCCCCUGCCCCCAGUUUGGAACUGUGAUACCUCCCACACUCACCCUCACCAGACGCCUUAUAUGUCUAGCUCCCUGUCCUGGCUAUGCAAAGGGGACCAGUGGCCUGUUCUCUGCUACCCCCCCCCACACCCCAAUAUCUCCUCCUGCCUUCCAGGUAGGUGCUGCCAAUCAUAUGACUCUCAUACCCUUCCAUUGUGGACUCCCCCAAAUCCCUCUACCUUUCUUUUCAGAGCCCUUGAGGGGGUGAGACCCCAAAGUGCUAACCAACAAGAAGUUAAUCUGUCUCGAGGGCUACGUGACUGACUGGGAGGGGAGACAGAGAAGGGGCUGAGCCUUUUCAUCACAGGAAGUACCUAGGCCACAUUCUGAUUAGAUGUUCCACAGGGUGAUCAUCCCCUCCAGGGCUCUGUGUUACAGGUAUAUCUAUCAGCAGGUCUCUCCUGGGUGCACCCCAUAUUCUUUGUGCCCAACCCAGCAUGGAGACAGAAGGGAGCUCACAGACAGGUUAAGAACCUACAACCCACCAGGACAACCAAGAACUGAUUAAUUGAUAGGCUUCAGAGUCCUAACUACAGGAUGAAUAGAAGUUCAGAGAACACGAGAACUCCAAGGGAACUUGAAAAUUCUCGUCUAACCUUUGUUUGUGGGGAGACCCAAGCUGGAGAACUGGUGACUUGGCCGUUUUAAUAUACAUCCUAAACUAUAAUUACACAUGAAGUCAUGUGGUUCAGUAUCAAAGCAGCAUUGUGGACCUGGGAAAUCAGGGUGGGGCUCCUGGAGCAUGUGAGACUAAUAGAGAAGGCAAGAGGAACUCCAGCCACCUCCGCUCCCUCCUUCCUCCCUCCACAAAAAAAGAUAGUUGCAAAGAAUCUGCUGUCCUUUGUCACUUUAUAGAUGUGAUUUACAGGUGGGAAAUGGAGUGGCAAAAUCCAGUCAGAUAAUAUUAAUGCCAAACAUUUAAUCUAGUGCUUAAGAGUUGCAAAAUGCUUUCCUCAGUAUUCCUGUCAGGUAACAGAAGUACAAAGGGUCCUAAAAGCCUUAGCAUGGUUUUAAGCUGUUGUAGUUUAAAAGCGCAGCAAGAUUUUUGGGACCCCUUGUAUUAUCCACAUUUUUCAGAUGAAACAGGUUCAGACAGAAAAUGACUUUGUCUUUGGGCAUCCAGCUAGUAAGUAUCCACUUUACCAAGAUUCUAAUCCAGGUCUUCUGACUCAGAGUGUGGUGCUGUGUUUGAACCCUCCCACUGAGCAACGAGGCUUCUCUUUGACUGUCCCCAACCAAUUCCUUAGGACAACUGGGCUUCUCUCUCCAAUCAUUAGGAAAUAUGGAAUCCUAGAGUUUCUCUCCCUUUGGACCUGGUCUCCCUAAGCCACCACUUCAGGAUGGUGGAGUGUAGUCUUUCCUCCAAGAUUCUUGGGGAUUCAAGGUCCUUGGCUUCAGCUGUUAUCUGAAGAGGGUGGUAUCAGAGGCCCCUUCCCACCCUUCCUACUGCCCUUAACAAAGCAGCUUCUCCCCAGAAUCCCUCUGUGUCUGUCUCUGUCUCAAUAAAUAUUUCUUGAAUAAA